AACAGGGCUGCAACUAAAGUUACACCUUCCAACUGCAACACGGUGUCCCUCCGCCGCGCGCUCGCGAGAAACUAGAGCCCGGCUUUACAACGGGAGCGAAUCCCUCCAACACUUCAAAAACAAACAAAAAAAGGUCUGUCGGUGGAAAUAGCGCCUCAUGAAGAGUCCCCUGGCCGCCGGAAGGGGCCGAGAGCACGGCCGUCUGCACCCAGCCACCGGCCGCCUCUGCCCGGGGAAGCUCCGCAGCUUUGCCCCCCUACGAGACUCUUCAGAAACUAUGGGGUCUUCAGGUGUUCACUCAAUUCUUUCAUCCGGCCAGUUCGCGCUUCGUGCUUUUGAACACUUUAAUCGGAGCAGACGACACGAUGGCGACAUCGAUCCUUCGCAGGAAAAUUCCCCCCGUUUCCACGGGCGAGCUCGGCGCUCCCCCCCUUCUCCGAUGGGCUAGCGGCAGCCAAUCGCGGCCCGGGUGGGGGGCGGAGCCAUCGGAGAGGCAGCGCUUAAUUGGUGAUGGUCACUCAGAUUGGAUGACGGAAAAAGUUGAUUUGUCUUCAUUUGUGUCGACGACCGAGUCUUCCCCCUGCUCGUCCCUCCCCCCCUCGCCGCUGGAACAGGAUGUCAAGGUGCCCUCGGAUCUGGAGGUCAUGACCUCUCUGCUGCAGGAGGAGCUGGCUCAGCUGGAGGACUACUUCCGCUCCGAGUCCACGUCCGCCGCCAACAAGUUGGAGAAACCCUCGAAAUGUGACAAGGGCGCCCAGGCCAUGGGCUCCCCGUCGUACUACCAGCUGCCCUACGGCUCGUACGGGACCGGCCAAUCGGAGAGCGGCCCCGUGGUGGUCACCCUGGCAACGGGGGAGCUGGACCUGGCCGGCUUCUGCGGCGGCCCCAUCGGCAGAACCAAGAUAGCGCGACCCGCGCCGUACAACUACCACCACCGCUACCACCACCACCACCACCACCACAACAACAACAACAGCCACAACAACAACAUCAACACCGGGCGGAGGAUCGUCAGCGAGGCGGCGAAAGUCGGCGAGGACGUCGGGCUCGACGCGUGGGGCCCGCGGGGGAGUUACUCGGGGAGCGCGGAGCCGUCGGCGACCCACUACUCCACGCUGAAGCCCGUGAGCAAGAUCGGCGUGAAGAAGGCGAGGGAGUGCGUGUCGCUGAAGGAGGAGGAGAGCUACUGCUUCUCCGAGGGCUUGUUCUGCAGCGAGGAGAUCGCGCGGGGCUUCUGCCUCGGCGCCGCCGGCGCCUACGACGGCCUCCACAAGCGGGGCGACGGUCAGCUGACGCACAACCCCAAGGUCAACGCGGGUUACGACGGCGCGCCGGAGGUCUUGCACUGCGGCAAGGACGCCGGACUUUCCGGGGGCGUCCCCCAAGAGACAAUGGCGGCCGGCGACGGCUACUUCCACCAACACCACCACCACCACCACCAGGCCGUGGCCGGCACGGAGCCUUACCACAGCUUUAUAGGGGACCUGGAGCCGCCGCCACAAGCACACGCCGUCGAGCCCCAGCACGGCCACUACCUCUACCCAGAAUGCCUUGCGGACCAAAGCUACGAAUGUCUGUCCAGAGGGGAGGGCGAGGGGACGCUGAUGGGCGCCCCCAUCCACCGCCCCACCCAGAGGCUAAAGGACGAGCCCUGCUGCGCCGCCAAGCCGCCGCUGGCGAUGGGCGGCGCCACUCCGCCGCAGGCCGCCACCGGAGAGAGGAAGCAGAAGAAGAGAGACCAGAACAAAACCGCUGCUCACAGUCCGUUGUGUUGCAGGUACCGGCUGCGAAAGAGGGCGGAGCUGGACCUUCUGGAGGAGGAGCUUCACGGCCUGGAGGGGCAGAACCGGGAGCUCCGCGACAAGGCGGAGUCGGUGGAGCGAGAGAUCCAGUACGUCAAAGACCUCCUGAUCGAGGUCUACAAGGCGCGCAGUCAGCGGCACAAACAGGACGGCAGUGCCUAAGAACAAGAACAACAACAACAACAACAACAAACUUCCAACCAGCACCGAGAGAGAAAAAACACAACAAAAAAAUUAAUCUACUGUUUUUCUUUGGAAUGAAAUGGUAGUUUGCAUGAUUUUGGUAGUUUUUAUUUAAUUUUUCUCAAGAGGAUGGGCCGAAAAACAAAACACACACACACACACACACGCACACACACACACACACACACACACACACACACCUUUUUCCUAAAGACCCAGACCCAGGGGACUCGUGGAGCUGGACUCGGCCGUCACACUGUGAUCAGACCUGAAGAGGAGGUCGUUUCUUCAUCAGUUUGUGCUCGUGGGUGUUUAUUUAUUUAUUUGUGUGUGUGUGUGUGUGACGCGCAUCGAAGCAGAAUUCGUGCUAAAUAUAUAUAUUUUAAUUUUAUAUUUUUUACUUUUUAUUUUUUAUUUAUUUUUAAAUAAUUUUUGCUUUCAACUGAAUUAAAGGAAUUGCUGCGAGGAAUAAAAAGUGUGUAACGUGCUCUACAGAUAUUCAUCACCAGAGACAUGUGUAUUGCUAAAGAUAUGUAUUUACACCCCCCCCCCCCCCCCCCCCCACACACACACACACUGCAUGUUUGAUUUUGGGGAUAACGAGCAUGUGUUUUCUGAAGGCGAUGUUCUGUUGACUGCAUGGCUUCAUGACCUCCACUCUAUUCUUCUCUCCGGUGUGGUUCACGCUCAGGAUUUAUUUAUUUUAAUUUUAAUCUGAGAAACACAGAAAAAAAAUCACUGGCUUUAAAAAAAAUAAUAUUUAAAUAUUUUUUUCUUUUCUCUUCUCUCGGCUGUAUCUUUUGCGAAAACAAACAAUCACUUGUUGACGCGACAAUAAAUCGUUGUUGGGUAAACGGUACGACUUCACGGGAAUUUGUAUUUUUAUUAAUUUUUUUUUUCUCUCAAAUUUAUAAAUUUGAUGUAUUUUGAAAUUCAGGAAUCAAUGUCAGGAAAUUAAACAUCAGGUAAAAAAAAAUUACAGCCAAAUAAAAACCUGUCAUGUAGAAUCGAU